AUGGUUUCCUGCCAGGUCUGUAACCUCAGGGAGCUGGUUGCCAUCGUGUGUGGGCUGUUGACCACCAUCAUUUUGGGACUGGGCAUCUGGAGGUGUGUCAUCAGGAUCCAGAGAGGAUCAUAUGCCCCUCCAUCGAGCACCCCAGUGGAGCUAUGCAGGAACGGUGGAACCUGGGAAAACGGCAGGUGUGUUUGUACAGAUGAAUGGAGAGGUCUGAGAUGUACAAUUGUCAAUUUCUGUGAAGAAGAUCAAGUGAACAACUUCACAUUUCAAAGAAUUCCAGUAGGGAGAUAUGGACCUUCCAAAGAAACAUGUGAAGAAAACACUGCAAAUGCGGGAACUCCAAAAGCAAGCUGUCUGUGCACCCUUAAUGAAAAUGAAGAGCCAGUAUUACAAAGUCUGCAAAAAGUAAACUGUAGUCAAGAUUGGAAAGCUUUGGAAGAACAGAUACAACGUUCCCCAGAGGAGUCACUGAACAUUUCUCGAGAUGCCCAGUUACUAACAACGAAUGCUAGUAUGUUAACUGUUGAAAACAUCACAUCUGCUACUACUGUGGUUGAAUACAUUUUCCGCACAAACACGAGUGAGGAGUCAGCUCAGGCAAAAAAAAAUGCUGUGACUACAGUGAGUCAGCUUCUAGAAGCCAGUGAAGAAGUUUUCCAGCAAGCCAAUGUGACUAAAUUUACUGAACUUAUUGAGCAAAUAGAAAAUUAUUCCUUGACGUUGGAAGACAGCAAGGUAGUGCAACCUAACAUAGCAGUACAAUCUGUGAAAGUAUCUGAAAACUCUCAAGACACACCCUCAAGUGUUCUCUUUUCAGUUUUAAAAGGAUCUGGCAAUUAUCUAACUAAUGACUCAACGACUGACAAGAACAUCCAGAUGCCAAACCCACAGGCUGAACUUCAAAUCUUGCUCAGUACAAGCGAAUCUAUUACAAAAUGUGGCUUUGUAGUAUAUCAAAACAACAAGUUUUUCCAAUCAAAAACUUUUAAAAGUAAUGUGGAUUUCAGUCAAAGAAUUAUCUCAAGCAAGCCUGACACUAAAAAUAAAGCUGAAAAUAAAAUUGAUAAUAUUUCUGUUGAAAUGGUCUUUAGCCCAAAGUACAACCAAAUGGACCUCCAACUCCAUUCCUAUGCCUGUGUCUUUUGGGAUCUUGAAAAGAGUGAUUGGGACACAGCUGGCUGUAAAAAAACCCCUAGUUCCCCUGACUUUCUGGGCUGUCACUGUAACCACACUACUAAUUUUGCUAUAUUAAUGAGUUUCAAAAAGAACUAUAUCUAUCCUCAACCACUAGAUGUAUUAUCCCAAGUUGGCUGUGCAUUGUCCAUCACUGGUCUGGUUCUCACGAUUAUAUUUCAGCUUGCUACCAGGAAAGUCAGAAAAACUUCAGUAACCUGGGUGCUGGUCAGUCUGUGCACAUCAAUGCUGAUUUUCAACCUCCUCUUUGUUUUCGGAAUUGAAAAUUCCAAUAAUACUUUGAGUGAUAAAACCACCACCAACACUGAUCCUAAUGACAAUGCAAUACCCACUCAAGGAAUCAUUAGCACCUCAAAUCCUACUUGCACUGCAGUUGCUGCUUUACUGCACUAUUUCCUGCUAGCAACAUUUACCUGGUCUGGACUCAGUUCUGCCCAACUCUACUUCCUUCUGAUUUGGACCAUGAAGCCUCUCCCUCGACAUUUCAUUUUAUUCAUCUCUUUAAUUGGAUGGGGAGUCCCAGCUAUGGUGGUUGGAAUGACAGUGGGAAUUGUUUAUUCUCAGAAUUCACAUUCAAAUUGGGAGCUUUCCUACCGGCAAGAAGAAAUCUGCUGGCUGGGGUUUCAAGAAGGCCCUAAUUUCAUUAAAAGUACAAUGUUGUGGUCAUUCUACAUUCCUGUUACCAUCAUUCUUAUAAGCAAUGUUGUUAUAUUUAUUGUCAUCACUGUGAAAGUGUUGUGGAAGAACAAUGAGAAUCUGACAAGCACGAAAAAGUUCUCAUCCAUAAAGAAGAUUCUUAGUACCUUAUCUAUUGCAGUAGUUUUUGGAAUUACCUGGAUUCUGGCAUACUUUAUGCUAGUUAAUAAGGAGGGCAUCAAUAUCGUCUUCAGCUACAUAUUCUGCCUUUUCAACACUACUCAGGGAUUGCAAAUUUUUAUCUUUUACACUGUUAGAACAAAAAUCUUCCAGAGUGAAGCUUCCAAAGUGUUGAAGUCACUGUCUACAUCUGUUGGGAGAAUGAAGCCAUCAAUGAGCCCACUGAGGCUACGUUUAAGGAUGUAUAAUCUGAUCAGGUCUCUUCCCACCCUAAAUGAACGCUUCCGGCUGCUGGAUCCGGCAAUGCCUUCUGAGGAGAUGUUCAUGGGAAGUGAGACAGGAAACACAAACAUGUAA